AAUGGUUUUCCAGAGAUCCACAGACGUCAGGCAACAAGCCAGUUCAAUUUCCUCAGUUGAAGGUAAAACAAAAGAUUUUUUUUUGUGUGUAAAUGAUUAAUGCUUGUUCUUAGUAGGGAGGCAACUUGGACCAGGAUCAGGUAUGUUGUUUCAUAAAUAUUGUUUUUUGUUGAGCACAGAGGGUGGACGUUGUGAAGGCUCAGAGUCAAGAAGUCGAACUGGGCAGUGGAUUCUUUGGGACAAGACAAGACCAGCAACUACAAAUAAUAAACAUUGCAGGUAUGCGAGUGCAACACUGGUGCAUGCUGGGAUUGACCAGCCUGCUGCUGGCAAGUGAGGUCACCAUCAGUCAGCUAUGCCACUCCCUCAUCACCCUGGUGGUCGGGUUCCACACAUUCUUCAUCCUCAUGUGCAUGGCUCUUCUUCCUCAAACUACAAACAUAAAAAGAUCUCAGCCUUCCUCUCUGGAUCCAAAUGCGUCUCCUCCAUGUGCUUCCUCCUCAUCAUCAUCAGCACUUCCUUCCAUCCCGGCUGCAGAGUCAACCAUCAAACCUUCAGCUGGCCUGCUGAUCGCCACCAAUGUGUCAAGCAUCCAUGUUAAACCUCCCACUCCUCAGCCUAACCACGAGGCAGCAUCAAUGGUCACCUCUCAUGAGCUCAUCUCCGAAAAUACCUCUCCUCCAGCUCUCAUCUGCGGCCUGUCCCACACCGACAGCAGGUCUGAGUCUUACGGAGCUUUCUUUGCUGUUCUCACCCUGGCCUCUCUGUGUAUGUCAUACUUACUGGAAAUCAUCAGUUUUGCCAUGGAACCACAACCAGUGCAGCACCCACAGCUGCUUGUGCCUGUUGCAGCUCUCAGUCUACUUCAUAAAAUGUUGGUGCUCUGGCUGAGCUGGGAUCAGCUGCAGCGUGAAAGGGGCUGGGCCACGAGGGAGCAAGACACCGAAUGUCACCUUGAAGUAAACCACAAAGCCUUGGCCGAAGAAGAAAACCAGGGCGAGCCAAGACAAGUCCUGGAUGAUGUUAGCCAAGUCCGAUCUGCUGUGGACGACUCGUUCCACAAUGGGGCGCUUGUCCUCUGCAACCCGGGAGCCUCAACUAUCCCUGACACCGACCCUCAAUUCCCAGAGCAACAGCGAGAGGUCCACCCGCAUGCAGCAGCUCCACAGGACAGCCGGGACUGUGAAGUAGCGAGAGGCAUGGGGGUUGUGAAGGCUUGCAAGUGUGAGAGUCAUUCAAUGGACAUCACAGAGAUUGCUAAAGACAGUACCUGCGUGGGACAUCUCGAUAGUGAAAAGGCUGUCUCCAAGUCAACACAUCACACUGAGAGCUCUGUACCAAGCAGACGGUGGCCAGAUCGGCUCCUUCCAUUUGCCUUCGCCAUUCAGGACCUGUCCACCUCCAUUCUGGGUCUGAUCUACAGCCUGGUAAUGUUGCUGGUCGGCCCACACUGCCUCUACAGCUCUGAGUCCUGCGCCCUUCUGGUUUAUCUGGAUCCUUGCUUCGCAACGCUAGGUGUGAUUAUGCUGUUGUCCAUAGCUAAGCCACAGACAUACAGGUUGGGACUGCUGCUGCUACAGGGCAUACCUCCACACAUUUAUGUGCCUGAUCUUGAACGGAGGAUUGUGAGUGUGCCUGGAGUGCAGGCUGUGCACGACCUCCACAUCUGGCAGUUGAAUGAUUCAUUGAUAGUGGCCUCUGUGCACGUUCACUGCCAUGCUGGGUUUCCGACACACAGGUGUGCUGAUCUGAUGUUGGGGGUCACCAAAGUGCUGAAGAGUGUAGGAGUGAGCUGCUGCACUGUACAGCCAGAGUUUGCCACCUGCUCAGCAUCAUCUUCAGGCAGCCAGGGUGGGGCUACUCCAGUCACCCAAAAAGAGGACCCCUCCCCGCCUCCUGUCCCGACCUGCAGCCUGGCCUGUGGAGAGGCCUGUGCUUCAAGUAUGUGCUGCAGUCCCCCCGGUAAAAAAAAAACAGGGGAAUAGCCUGCAGAGACACCAACGAUCAAAAACACCAACCAAUGACUGUCAAUUCUAGCAAAAUUACAUUUGAGGAAAACAAAAGAAUGAUCUGAUAUCCAGAUGUCAAGACGGUAAACAUUGGGUGAAAUUAACAUAUUUGAAAGUGUAAUGUCUUCCAUGACAGCCUGCACAUUUUUACUGAAGUAUGUUGGUUUUAUCAUGUAACGGGGUUACACCAAAGAGUCCUAUGUAAUGUCACAUCUUUGUCAAAGGAUUAACUGGA